UGCGAUAUCAUAGUGCUCGACCUGUUUCUAAAGUACCUGGGUUCGAGUUCCGCAGGGCAAUUUGUACACUCGCUCCACCGGUUUACCCCUGACAAGUUAGGGCUUAUAAAUACAUUAAAAAAACGGAGUCAUAAUUUAGAAGAGGGAGGGGCGAUUUUUUUUACUGGUUGCAUAUAUAUAUAACUUAGCUAGACACUUUUCAUACAGCCGUUUACAAGUUAACCACCGUUCUUGUGUAUUCCGAGCUAGCAGGAACAGCAACAAUGCCAAACAAAAGCAGAAAAAAGUCUAAGGCGCAAGCUGAGAAGAAGGCUCAAGCUGCAGCCACCACGUCAAAGGCAGGAGGUGGACCUGGAGCACAGCAAAAAGCACCGGGCGCAGCAGCAGGUUCUACAAGCCAGCCGCAGCCCAAACCAGCACCUGCCCCUGCUGCAGCACAGACAGCCACCAUGAAACCUACUGAAACGAAGGGAACGCAGGCUGCAAAACCAGAUCCUGCCAAGCAGCCAGCAGCUUCCUCUGCCAGUGCACCAGCUGCUGUAAAGCCAAAAGAAACCGCGCCCAAGGAUCAGAAGCCCUCUCCGGGCACUGCUACAGCCACCACCGCUGCUGCUCUUGCUGCUGGCAAGGAAAGUGCUGAGAAAAAAGACAAGGAUGUGACAGGCGCUGUAUCAGCCAGCUUAAAAAGCUCUCCAAAGCCUCCUGCUGACAAGAAAGCCAAGGUUGAGGAGAGUUCAGGGAUGUCCUUGGAUGCUUUGGAUGCUCUUGGAGACACACUUGGUGUUGCAGAAGUGGAACCAGAAGCCCCCAAACCUCUUCCUAAAGAUAUCGUUCAGGAAAACUUAACUGCUGAGAAAUAUAAGGGGAGAGUUGGGGAGAGAGAAGACUCGCUUCCACCUAACUAUAGAUUUGGUGGUACUAAUAAAGACACACCCAUACCCAAAGCAAAGGAGGAAGACAAGACACCAAUGGAUGACAUGGCUGCUCUUGAUGCUCUAUCAGGAGAUUUUGUCUCUCCUGCCACCAGUCUCAAUGUCCACUCUGCACCGGCCCCUUCUGCAGCAACACCAAAGCCACAGCAGAAAAAAGACAAGGAUGUGACCGGCACUGUAUCAGCCAGCUUAAAAAGCUCUCCAAAGCCUCCUGCUGACAAAGCCAAGGUUGAGGAGAGUUCAGGGAUGUCCUUGGAUGCUUUGGAUGCUCUUGGAGACACACUUGGUGUUGCAGAAGUGGAACCAGAAGCCCCCAAACCUCUUCCUAAAGAUAUCGUUCAGGAAAACUUAACUGCUGAGAAAUAUAAGGGGAGAGUUGGGGAGAGAGAAGACUCGCUUCCACCUAACUAUAGAUUUGGUGGUACUAAUAAAGACACACCCAUACCCAAAGCAAAGGAGGAAGACAAGACACCAAUGGAUGACAUGGCUGCUCUUGAUGCUCUAUCAGGAGAUUUUGUCUCCCCUGCCACCAGUCUCAAUGUCCACUCUGCACCGGCCCCUUCUGCAGCAACACCAAAGCCACAGCAGACACCAAUGGACAAUACCUCAGCUCUGGACGCCCUGGCAGGAGAUUUUGUCUGCCCUGACGUCAGCCCCAAAGUGCACUCUGCACCCGCGCCCACAUCUGAACCCUGCGCUGCAGGAAAGCCACCGAAUGCUUCACGGCAGGAGUCCAGAGGCACCACUGCUGCUCUGGAUGCCCUUUCAGACACCUUGCUGCCAGACGAGCUCCCACCCGCACCCAAACCAGUCCCUGCGUCCGCUGUCGUCAAGGAAGCCAAGGUUACCGAGGAAAGACUGGAGAGACUGGGAGACCGGGAUGAUACUCUCCCUCCGGAAUACAGAUUCCUGGUUGAUAAGGACAAGGAUAAGAACGGAGUUAAACCAGAAGAGAAGCCAAAGAAAACAAUGGGAGACAGUGCAGCGUUAGACGCUCUGGCAGGAGAUUUUGACUCCCCUGCAGCCGCCCCUACUGUCCAGUGCAAAGCUGCUCCUACUGUCCAGUGCAAAGCCGCUCCCACUGUCCAGUGCACAGCUGCCCCCACUGUCAAGUCCAGUGCAGCCCCCACUGUCCAGUCCAGUGCAGCCAAGUCUCAGCCAGUCUCACGGCAGGAGUCCAGAGGCACCACUGCUGCUCUGGAUGCCCUUUCAGACACCUUGCUGCCAGACGAGCUCCCACCCGCACCCAAACCAGUCCCUGCGUCUGCUGUCGUCAAGGAUAAAAUGACAGAUAAACACCAGCCAAAGCUGGGAGAGGAUGAGAACACAAUCCCUGAGGAAUACAGAUUUAAAGAUGACAAGGGAAAGGGAGGGAAAGAUGCAAGCAAGCAAGUGGUAAAACCUAAAGAUCAAGCACAGAUUGAUAAAGAAAAAGGAGAUGCCCUUGAUGCCUUAUCUAUGGGAUUUACAUCAGACUCUCCGCCUCAGAAAAAGGCUGAAGACAAGAAAGGGGUCCCCAGCUCUACUCCAGCAGCAGCAAAACCUAAGACACAGAGCACAGACCCAAGUCAACCCCCCAAGGCAAAACAGCAGCUGGCAGAGACAACAACUGAUCCCAAGAAAACAAGUAAAAGCUAAACCCUGAGAGGUGCACAAUUAAAGGGGUUUGUUUUUGCCUCUUUUUGUUACUGGGACUGGGGUUCCAGGCUGCUGUACCAAAUGGCUGAUAGUGUUUUUUUCCCCCAACUCUCUGUACACUUUGGCUUUCCUGCAAGUUUAAGCACAAAACAAUUGUACUAACCAGAUUGUUUCUCUACCUACGUUGAUAUGUAUAAGCAGUUUUUUCUUCUUGUUUCUGUUGUAUACAUCACAUCUCUGCUGUCAAGGAUAUAUAUAUAUAUAUCCUUCAACCAGAUUUGUGACUGUGGAGGGCAGUGGAUAUAAAAAGUGUCUCGCCAGUGCCCAUACUCUCCUGUGCAAAAAGCUCAGAACUGCAGCAUUUCUCAAUAGAAGCCCACAGUGCCCUUUACUGGAAACCACUAUCACUGGGUGUUAACUGGCCUGCGCUGGCAGCGUAACCAGCAUUUUGCAACCAUUUACUGGAGGUUUACAAAACUAAUCUCCUUUUUGGGGGGCAGGAAUGUUUCAAUGAUCACUAGCAAGCAGACACAGAUAAUCUGAUAGAAUAUGAAUCAUAGAAUCAGAUCCAUAAGAACAUCAGUAAAGCAGUUAUAUUACAGUCAAGCAGGCAUGCAUGCAUGCAGCACACGCGCAGGUCAGGACAGGCACUUUUAUUAUAUAGGUGAUUUUAACAUGGGAAAUCUAUACACAGGGAUGCAUCGCAGUGCUCACUGUAGACAGGGGGCUAUCCUGUACUGAUGGUCUUUACACCCUUCCAUUAUUAUUGUAAGCUAUGACAGCAAUGGUGCAUAUUAAGUAAUACCUAAAGAAACUUCUGACUCUCUAUUACAAACUUUUCUAGUAGAAAGUCCUUCUAAAAUGACUUUCAGUCAUAACUGUUGCCCUAGAAUAUCAGUUUCUUUUAGUAUUACUUUAAUAUAACACUUGAGUGUUUCAUAGUUCAGAAUGGUGAUACCACAUAUUACACACCACAUUUCUGUUCACUGGAAGUCCACACCGUGUUCACAACGGAAUCACAAAAUUACAAAUCUGUUUUUGUUUUUUUAAUAACAUAUAAAAGGCGAACAUUCUCUUUCUUGGUUGAAUUCCUGUUUUCAGUAAACCUGGUUUGUGUAAAAGCUUGUAAGAAUGGAUUCUGUAACUUUACAUAACAAAAUCAUAAUAUAGGAAAUGCUGCACUACAUUGUAUAAAAGGUUUUGGAAAUUGCAUUCUUUUUAUUGGCUAGCUUUUUGGGUACUUUAUUAAAAUAUGAAUUUCAAAGCGUUAUAAAAAAAAAAAGCAAAAUAAAAUAUGUUUAUAUUGUG